AUGGUUAGUACCAUUCAUACAAUUAAAGAUGACCAGGGGAAUUGGUUAGAAAACAGAGAUCAGGUAGCUGAGUUACUCUCAAAACAUUUCAAGAAGAUCUAUACUUCCUCCAAUCCGAGCAAGUAUGACAUAGAUGAAGCCCUUAGAUUUGUUUAUCCAAUUAUUACUAAUGACAUUAAUGCUUCCUUAAUUGCCAUUCCCUCAGUUCAAGAAAUCAUUGAUACUGUUAACAUGAUGGCUCCUUGGAGCUCCACAGGGCCGGAUGACUUCCCUCCUGGAUUCUUCAGGGACAAUUGGGACAUAGUGCAUUCUGAGUCUACAUUUGUUGUGAGUCGACAGAUUCACGACAACAUUGUCAUAACUCAUGAAAUUCUUCAUUCUUUUAAGAGGAAGAAAAAGUCUACAAAAAAUGGUCAUAUAGCGAUAAAACUUGAUCUUUCAAAAGCCUUUGAUAGGCUGGAAUGGUCAUUCAUCUUAGAUGUGUUCAAGAAAUUAGGAUUCUUGGAAGAAUGGUACGACUGCAUGUUGUUUUGCAAAGCAUUUAUUGCCUAUGCCAAAAAUAUCCUCAAAGUUAUAAAUGUCUUUGCAAAGGCUUCAGGUCAGGCUAUUAAUCUUGAAGAAUCCGGUUUCGUUUUUAGUGGUAAAAUGCAUCAUAGGCAUAUCAAACUUUUGUCCAAAACUCUUCACAUGAAAUUCCUCUGCAACUCAGAAAAAUAUUUAGGUACACCCUUGUUCAUUGGUAAGGACAAGACCAAAUCUUUUGGUUUUCUGAUUGACAAUUUUUAUGCUAGAUUAAAUUCUUCUAGGAAAUCGAAGUUAAAUUUAGCUGGUCGAACUGUUGUGACUAAGCAUAUGCUUUCUAGUCUUUCCAUUUAUCAUAUGGCUUGCUUUCCGUUUCCUAAAACUGUCACUAGCGAGAUUGAUGCUAUUCAGGGGACUUUCUGGUGGUCUAAGAAAAAUCCUAAACAUGCUGCUUAUUUUCGUUCUUGGGGGGACAUUGGAAAAUCUAAGGCUAAUGUGGGUUUAGGAAUUAGAAAUUCUCAUGCUAUCAAUAGAGUGUUUAUCUGCAAGCUUGGUUGGAGAUUACUGAAUCUGUCAAAUACUUUGAUUUGGAAUGUUGAUCUUUUGCAUGCUUUAUUCUUGCCUGAUGAAGUGGAUAGAAUUAGAUCUAUCCCCUUGAACUUUAAUCAUUCUGACUCCUUUAUGUGGGCUCACACCAAAUCUGGUAAGUUCACUAUUAAGUCGGCUUAUAGGAUCUACAUAAAUGAAGAUUAUUCUUUCUGGAGAAAAGUGUGGAAUAUUGAUUGCUUGCCGAAAAUUAAAUUCUUCAUGUGGAAAAUAUUUGCGCAUAUGCUUCCAGUUAAUUCCUUAAUGCAGUUGUACAACCCUAAUGUGAAUACUUCUUGCCCUCUCUGUCAGUCUCAUGAUGAAACGAUUAUGCAUCUCUUCAUUAAUUGUCCUGUAGUUUCUCUAAUUUGGUUUGGUCUUUCUUUUCAUCAUCUGAUUUCUGUGGAUGUUGAGUGGCUAGAUGAUCUGUUCCUCCUCUGGCAUGACUCUUCUCCGAGUUCUUCUCCUUAUAAUGUUUCUUGGCCUAAUAUUGGUUAUGUGGUCUUGUGGAGCAUUUGGAAACUGAGAUGUGAUGUCUUAUUCAGAAUUGUCGCCUUUGACUUGAAUAAUACCAAUCUGGAUAUUAAGAGAAUGUUAAACUCCUAUAUUUCUCCUAAGUCCGGUUCUUCCUCAAGUACUACUCCUGAUAGUUGUUCUGUGAGAACUCUUUUAUCUGAUGUUGAUCAUAUCUUAUUUGUGGAUGGCUCUUUCAAAGAUUUUAAGCUGGGUUCGGGUGUUAUUUGGUGUGAUCUUUCAGGGAAUGUAAUAUGUUCUCGUGCGGACUUUGAGUGGAUUCCAUAUGCAGUGGGUGCUGAAGCUGCUGCUCUACUUCUGGCGAUCUCUUGGGCAGAAGAGAUGAAUCUUCCUAAAGUUGUCUUUCUUAGUGACUGUCUCCAGCUGGUCAAUUUUGUGAAUGCUGCUACUUCAAACUUUAACUGGAGAAGUAUAGACCUCCUAAAUCGGUGUAGGAUUUCCAUUGUUAGUAAUGUCUCUUUUAAGCUUUUGUAUGUAAACGGUGUAAUAAUUCUCUAG